AUGUCAGUCCAGGUUAAGAACAAACAUGCCGCAAGCUCGAAACCCGUCAAGGACGCCGAAUCACUGAGCCGCCCAAAGAAGCGGAAACGCGACACCGAAAGUAUUGAGACCUCCAAAAAGAAGAAAAAACAGCGGACAGAGGAUGUCACGGAAAGUCCAGCUAGGGUAGCCAAGCAAUCUACCGAGAAGAAGGACAAGAAAAGGAAGAAACAGAAGUCCAAGGAUAGGGGAGAUGCCGCUGCAGGGACGGUAGGAGAGGCAGAAGAGGCGCCCGCGCCGCAAGACAUUGAAUUAGCAGACGCAGAUACUGCUGAAGAAGACAAAGAGCCAGACAUAGAGACAGACACUGUCGAGGAUGGUUUCGAAGCAGUGCACGAGGAACACGAUCAACUCAAUCUGCUGGAAUCCGAAGAUCCUUGCUCUUUUUACUCGACCCGCCUAUCCCUCUACCUCUCGAUACCUGCGGUCUCACUUGAAGCCAGCUCGUCAUCGGUUCUUGCUGUGCACCUCGCACCAUUACUUCUGACAUACUUUCCUCCAGCGCAAGGAAUUGUCCUGGGGUUCUCUGACCCUGUCUUGUCCGCGAAACCUGACUCUGACAUCAAUCUCCCUCUCUUACCUCCCCAAAAUGGCGAAAUGGAGCCGCAGGCCGAAGUUCUUGCAGUAACAGCCGAUGAGUUGGGAGUGUGCUGGGUCUGGCUUACUGCUACCUUCCUUGUGUUUCGACCUGAAAGAGGUGACGAGUUGUAUGGAUGGACGAAUGUCACAUCAGAAGGCUUCGUGGGCCUGGUGAGCUACAAUUACUUCCAGACAGCCAUCGGCAAGGCUCGAAUCCCUGCAGAGUGGAAAUGGAACGGGCCGAGCAGGGAACAGGUGCAGAAAAACAGGAAAAAGGGUAGGAAAGGCCGGUUACGUGACGAGAAGGGCUUGGAUGACGGCGAGGAACACAGUACACUGGAGACUGCAACAACAACGGUGGAGACUCCAUCCUCGCAAGCCCUUCUGGCCGAGGGUGGCGGAUACUUUGCAGACGCCAGUGGGACGAAGAUCACGUCGACGCUGAAAUUCCGCGUGGCGAACACAGAAAUAGUUCCCGCGCAUGACAGGCACAAGUGGUCGUUGCAGAUUGACGGCACUCUCCUAGACGAUGAGGCUGAGCGCAAGGUGCUGGAGGAAGAACGAGCAAAAUUCGAGCGUGCACAGGAAAGCGGUCGCCUCAAGUCGCCCGGAGAAGAGAUGGUGGUGAUGAGUGGAGCGCUGAGAAGAUCGCCGAGCCGAGAAGGAAGUGUUGGCUCGAGGAUUUCCGGACACACGCCGGCGCGGCAUCGAGUGACUUAUUAA